AUGCCAAAUCAACAAGUGAGACCACAAGGAUGUGUAUUCCACCAGGCACCAGGAAGUAGUUCAAAACCAGAAGCGCCUUCAUCAAAUCAAGAGAUGUCACCUUUCGAGAAAUCCAUGAUGGAGUUUAUGAUUAAACAAGAUCAAAAGACUGAGGCGCAUGAGAAGAAUCAAGCAAUUGCUACGAGAAAUUUGGAAAAUCAGUUAGGGCGGUUAGCACAAGCAUUGAACUCACGAGAACCUGGAAGGUCGCCAAGUACCACCCAAAAUCCAGGUAAUGGAAAUGAUAAGAGGCAAUGCAAUGCCAUCACGCUUAGAUCGGGAAAGGAGUUCACUCCAAAGAAUCAUGAAUUUCCAGCCACGAAAGAUGAGCAGGACUCAGUAAGUGUUGAUCGCGAUAAGAAGAAGCAAGAAUUGAAGGAUGAUGAAAAAGAGUAUGUCGAGAUUGAAGACAUAACCGAUGAAGAGUACGGUAAGAAGAAAGUGAACAAGCAAGGUCCAACAAGUUCAAGUCCAAGUACUAGAAAUCAAAAGAAGGCCCAAGAAAAAGAUGCUCGAACUGGUGUGACAGUUGCACCAACAACUUUGCCUUUCCCACCUAGGCAAAAUAAGUCUAAAGUCGAUGAUGGGAAAUUUAAGAAGUUUCUGGAGAUCCUUUCUCAACUUCAUAUCAACAUCCCUUUUGUUGAAGCCUUAAAACAAGUGCCCACAUAUGCAAAGUUUAUGAAGGAUGUUCUUACAAAGAAAAGAGUUUUUGGAGAAUUUGAGACUGUUGCAAUGACAAAAAGUUGCACAUCAAUAAUCCAAAACAAAUUGCCUGUGAAAAGGAUGAUCCAGAGAUUGGGAAUUGGAGAAGCUAGGCCAACCACUAUCUCACUCCAGCUGGCAGAUCGAUCGGUAGUAUAUCCAGAAGAAUGGAAAAUAAAGGAAGAUGUGAGAUGGGUCAAGGUGGAGUUGGUACUGAAGGAUAGGGUAAUCGCACCAACAUUACCCUCUAUUGAAAAAGCACCGGAUUUGGAGCUGAAGCAGCUUCCAACACACUUGAAAUAUGCAUAUUUGAGAGAUGAUACAUUACCUGUAAUUAUCUCAUCUCAAUUGUCUAGUGUGCAGGAAAAAGAAUUGAUUGAUGUUCUCAAAGAAAACGAGAAAGCGAUUGGAUGGACGUUAGCAGACAUAAAAGGAAUCAGUCUGACGAUGUAUAUGCAUAAGAUAAAUUUGGAGGAGGGAGCGAAAACAUCUGUCGAGCACCAAAGGAGACUGAAUCCAUUGAUGAAGGAUGUUGUAAAAAAGGAAAUCAUCAAAUGGUUAGAUGCUCGGAUUAUCUACCCGAUUGCCGAUAGUGAGUGGAUUAGUCCAGUGCAUUGUGUUCUCGAGAAGGGUGGAGCAAUAGUAGUUCAAAAUGAGAAUGGGGAAAUGAUGACAAAGAGGACAAUGACAGGCUGGAGGAUCUGUAUAGAUUACAGAAAGUUGAAUACCGCCACUAGGAAGGAUCAUUUCCCAUUACCGUUCAUUGACCAGAUGUUGGAUCGUCUUGCUGGUAAGUCAUUUUAA